GCACAACUUUGCGGCGUUGUCACAUCAGUUGCGCUGCACAGAUUUUUCGCCCUCAUGUGAAGAGACAACUUGCCCCCGCUGCCGCCGACUCUUCACCAGCCGCACAGCUAGACUUAAAAAAAAAAAAUAAUAAAAAAAAAAAAAUUAACCGCCAUACAUUUGUUAAUUUGGCCGCCGCCAUGGCCGGACUCGCCCGCCUCCCCGCCGCCCUGCUCGCCCUGCUGCUGUCCGGCUGCUGCGCUCCCGCUCGCGCGUACUUCGCGGAGGAGCGCUGGAGCCCCGAGUCCCCGCUGCUCGCGCCCCGCGUCUUCCUCGCACUCGUCUGCAGGAACGCCGAGCACUCGCUGCCCUACUUCCUCGGCACCGUCGAGCGCCUCAACUACCCCAAGGAGCGAAUGGCUCUGUGGGUGGCGACGGAUCAUAACCAGGACAACACCACAGCCAUUCUGCGGGACUGGCUUGUCAAGAUGCAGAGCCUGUACCAUAAUGUGGAGUGGAGGCCAAAAGAGGAACCACAACAUUAUCGGAACGAAGAGGGUCCGAAGCAAUGGACCGACCUCCGUUAUGAGCACGUUAUGAAGCUGCGUCAAGUAGCAAUGGAUUCAGCUCGCGAGAUGUGGGCGGACUACUUCAUGUUGGCGGACUGCGAUAACCUCCUCACCAACCCCGAUGUGCUCUGGAAGCUCAUGCAAGAGAACAAGACCAUCGUCGCACCAAUGCUUGAAUCCCGUGCAGCCUAUUCUAACUUCUGGUGUGGAAUGACCUCUCAGGGUUACUAUAAGCGCACUCCUGCCUACAUACCCAUAAGAAAGCAGAUCCGUAAGGGCUGUUUUGCAGUUCCCAUGGUCCACUCCACUUUCCUGAUAGACCUCAGGAAAGAGGCGUCCAGGCAGCUGGCCUUUCACCCGCCACACCCAGAAUACAGCUGGGCCUUUGAUGACAUCAUUGUGUUUGCGUUCUCUGCCCGGAUGGCAGAUGUUCAAAUGUUUGUAUGUAACAAAGAGACCUAUGGUUACUUCCCUGUGCCGCUGCGAUCCCACAAUACUUUGCAAGAUGAAGCCGACAGCUUCUUGCACUCCUUGCUGGAUGUUAAUGUGCGAAAUCCCCCAGUGAUGCCUUCCAAAUACAUACGUGUACCUAGAAAACAACCUGACAAGCUGGGCUUUGAUGAGGUGUUCAUGAUAAACCUGCAGAGGCGGACCGACCGCAGAGAACGUAUGAUGAGGGCUUUGUACCACCAGGGGAUCGAGUGCAAGGUCAUUGCAGCUGUAGAUGGAAAAGCAACAAACAUCAGUGAAAUUCAUGCAAUGGGCAUCCACAUGCUCCCUGGAUAUAACGACCCCUAUCAUGGUCGCCCACUGACAAAGGGAGAGCUGGGAUGCUUCCUUUCCCACUAUAACGUCUGGAAAGAGGUUGCGGAGCGACGCCUGCACACCUCCCUCGUGAUCGAAGACGACCUGCGCUUUGAGAUCUUCUUCAAGCGACGCUUGAUGAACUUGAUGAGGGAGGUGGAGGAUGAAGGACUGGACUGGGAUCUCAUUUAUAUUGGUCGCAAGAGAAUGCAAGUGGAUCACCCGGAGAAAGCCGUGCCUAAUAUACACAGCCUAGUGGAGGCCGACUAUUCGUAUUGGACACUCGGCUAUAUGAUCUCGUUACAAGGUGCGGAGAAGCUUCUGAAAGCAGAGCCACUUAAAAGGGUUUUGCCAGUGGACGAGUUUCUUCCCAUCAUGUACAAUAAGCACCCUGUGCCCGCUUACAUGGAGCAGUUUGAAACCAGGGACCUGAAGGCUUUUUCAGCCGAGCCUCUUCUUGUGUAUCCAACUCACUACACGGGCGACCAGGGCUACAUCAGCGACACUGAGACGUCCACGGUGUGGGACAACGACAAGGUCCGCACCGACUGGGACAGAGCGCGCUCAGGAAAGACCGGUGAGCAGGCCGAGAUCAGCACCGAAGCCCAGAACUCGGAUGUGCUGCAGUCGGCGUUGGACAGUACAGCACGGGACGAGCUAUGAGAGGAACUGAAGGAGAGCCACACAAUAUUUAACAAACCACCUUAUUAUUAGUUUUUUUCUUUUUUUAAUCAUGUCACACCUUCAGUACUUUUGAUUUUGCAUCACAGGAUGGAUGUGACAUCAGAGCUUGUAGAAAGAUUGAGUUCAGCCACAUGUGACAUGUAAAAAGGGAACAGGUGGGUCUUGAGUUGUUGUGUUAUCUGUUUGUAGUUUUUACUUUAUAGAGGCACUAGACUUGCCCCUUUGAGUGGCAUUUGCAGUACCCAACUACUGUCUGUCAUACAGAAAUCAUUAUAUUAGCAAAGAAUGCAAUUGGACUGUGACACCAGUCAUCGUGCAUUUCAUUUUGUGAUGGGAGUUUAUACUGUGAAAUGCAUUUUCUUUUUAAAUAUCUCAAGAUGACAUAUGCAAAUGUAAGGCUUUGCAGACAUUCAUGUCUGAAAUCAAACCUUAAUCAUUCUACAUUUCCAAGUCCAAGAAGAGAAACAUAUGCAUUUAUUUUUCUUUAAUAUUUAGGUGUUUGCAUAUUGCUUGGUUUUUGAAUAAUCAUUAGCCGACGCUUGCAGUAGAGCUUUACCAAAGCACCAAAGCACAAAUACCAGUUGCAUCCAACUGCGGGUUAGAUAUUUACAGACUGCUGUAUAUGUACCAACGCUUCUCAUUGUUUCAGUGUCUUUAGUUGCCACUUUGGGAUUGUUUCCAGACUGAUGCACCCAACCCGCUGUUGACAUGUUGACAUGGUUGUAGAAGGGAGAAACCAACGUUCACGCCUCAAACUGGCGUGGGAGUACCACGGUUAUUAAUGCCCCUUAAGGUCCCUCAAAAUGAACCCACCUGACCACAUACAAACACCACCCCCUAAUCAUUUGCAGUUCAGCCUGAAUCUGAGCAAAUUGAAUGGGUAAGACCUGAUAAAAGGCCGCUGAAAAAAAGAAUAUGAAAACCAUAAACUCUAUUAUCACAUAUUGUUACAUUUUUUAGAUGAUUAUUCUGCUGCAGGUUUGUCUCACAUGUUUUAACAUUUAAUCUUCCCACCAAGUCGGUUUUCAAAGUAUUAAUAAGGUACGUUCAGACAUGGAUCUUGCACAAAAAAUGAUAAAUAAAAAUAAAAUGUUGAAUUUG